AUGAAUCACGAGCUAGAUAGCAGGGACGCUAUCGUAGAGCAGUACCGCAGAAGUGCAGAAGAAGCUUUCGUCCGCGCGAACCUGCUCUCCACGAGGGACUUUGUUACCCUUCAGGCGUUCGUUAUCUACCUGGCUGGUCUCCGUGCUUGCCAAGCCAACGCACACCAAUGGACCCUUACCGCAGUCGCGAUACGUUUGGCCAGCGCACUAAGUCUAGGUCUAGACAGUAACAUGUCCCGGCCAUCUAAGCUCUCGCCUCUGGAAAGCGAACUUCGGCACCGACUUUGGUUCAGUAUCGGAGUGUUGGACAUGCACUCCGCGUUUGACAGAGGAUCCCAACCACUCCUGAAAUCAGACAGCUUUCCGACAUUUCCCAGCAACGUCAACGAUGUAGCGCUCAGUCAUCAGUCGCUUUCACCUCAGAGUCAUUUCUCUGAGAUGUCGUUCAGCUUACUCGUCUACCAUGCUAGUCUCUGUCAGAGAAAGCUCGCCGAGAUAGGGUCUUCGGCCGCCGAUGGUAACAUCGAUCCUUUGAUCGCAGGCUAUGAGCAAGUUGGCUGCUUAGCCGAUUUUGAGCGCUACGUGCAACGGAUAGGUACUGGCACUGUAGGCAAUACUGAGCCUAUACAGGACUUUCCCGUCGCAGUUGCGGAGGAAAGCCUAGUCGCCAUGCGCCUGCUGCUAUACAGGCCUCUCCAUAAGCGAGGAAACGGUUUCGUACAUCCCGACUACAGCCCCACAGAGCGCUUCGACCUCCUAGUGACAGCUACCGAAGUUCUCGAGCGCUCACAGUCUAAGCGAUCUUGGAUUGCAUUCGCCCAGUGGGCCUGGUUCUCUUGGGUCAAAUGGUACGCUCUUGCCGUCGUUCUCGCAGAACUCUGUUGUGCACGCGACGGCGAGCUCGCGGAUCGAGCUUGGCGAGUCGCUCAAGCGUCCUACGACGGAUAUGCUAAGCUUGUAGCUGACACGGAGUCGGGCCUGCUCUGGAAACCGAUCAUGAAGCUUAUGCGUAAGGUGCAGCAAGUCAGAGGAGAGCAGAGGCUUGCGCACCAGACCCUCGAGCGGCAUGAUGCUAUCGCUCGGUAUCAGCAGUAUUGGCUAGACGGCAUGUCCGAUGCGACCUCCGCUAAUGUGCUGCCCACUCCUGCGUCUUCUGUGGCUGCUCCCCAUCCCGAACAUGGUGACACCGCCGGAUCUAUGGAGCUUGGAUCCAUGAUUUAUCAGCAGCAAGGCCAAGGGACGGCUGGCGAUAUGUCUUGGUUGCAUUGGGACCUGCUGAUCGACGAUAUCAAUGAGUCGAAUAUCAAUGAUAUGGUGUGGUGA